AGCCAGUAGGGAAUUAUUCCACAUCGAAUCACAUUCCUUUCAUGGCGUCCUUAUGCACGAAAGGAUGGAUUUGAUAUCGUUCAAGGAAAGAGCAUGCGUGAAUUUAGAAUCCUAAUAUAAUUUUGUUAAAUCAGCUUAUUUGCAUCGGAAGGCGGGAAUGAUGCGCUUCUCAGGAGUAGUCUGACAUCGGGACUAUGGAAUUGUGCUCAUCCGAAUGGCAUGUGAUUUCUGCAAAUAUUGCCACCAGCGUAAAUAAUAAUUCAGUGUACAUCGCUCAUGUUUUUGGCAUGUAGCAAGGUACGUGUUAGCAAGAGGAGACGAACUUGCAAAAAAAUGGGAAGAAAUGCAUAUUUUGAUUCACGCCUUUCGAGAUGGAGAUGCCAGUGAAAGGACAUGUCAACUCAAGAUCAAUCUAGAUGUCUGAGGAUCUUGCAACCACUGUGAGCAGCAUCCUUUCAUUUGAACACUUCCUCACUAAGAAGAGAAAUCUCACGGUCGACCCAAUGUAGGACCAGACCUGUUCCUCAACAUCCCAUGACUCCUAAUCUUGCCUGGAUUUCAGCAUUAAGUCAAAUCCAUCAGAAUAGAGUAUGCCAUCUGCACCUUUCCACAGAAUUCUACGACCCCUUCUGCUCGGCACCUUUCUACUGGGAUGUUUUGUGACUCUAUUUUUGAUGUACUUUAAACCGUCCACCAGCUGGCUGUCAGGUCCCGUGGAGUCCACAGCAUCCACAGACCGGGUCAAGAACCUUUUCUCUACCAAGAGUGACAAGAACCUGACUACCGUGCUAGUCUGGCUCUGGCCCUUCGGACAGACCUAUGAUCUGAGUGUCUGCAGUACUUUGUUCAACAUCGAGGGCUGUUUCAUUACCGCAGACAGGAACCUCUACAACAAGUCCGAUGGCGUCGUUAUUCACCACAGGGACAUCUGCACAGACCUCUCCAACCUGCCCCCCCUCCAGCGCCCCUCCUUCCAGAAGUGGGUAUGGAUGAAUCUGGAGUCUCCGUCCCACUCCUCCCAGCUUCCCGGCAUUGAGAACCUCUUCAACUUAACGCUCAACUACCGCCAGGAUGCAGACAUUGAAGUGCCUUACGGGUCCAUUGUGGCGACCGAGGGGGAGGAGGACUUUGUGCCGCCCAGCAAGAGCAAGCUGAUCUGCUGGAUCGUGAGCAACUGGAACCCGGAGCAUGUGCGGGUCAAAUAUUACAACGAGCUGUACAAGCACAUUGAGGUGCAUGCCUACGGCCAGGCUUUCGGUGAAUACAUCGCUGACCAGGACUACUUCCCCACCAUGGCCAGCUGUAAAUUCUACCUGGCCUUCGAAAACUCCAUCCACAAGGACUACAUCACGGAAAAGCUGUACAACCCGCUCUCUGUGGGCUCCGUGCCCGUGGUCCUGGGGCCCGCCAGACAGAACUACGAGAACUUCGUCCAAGGGGACGCCUUCAUCCACGUGGAUGACUUCCCCUCGCCCAAAGAGCUGGCUGAAUACCUGCUGCUUUUGGACAAGAACGAGGAACUGUACCUCAGGUAUUUUGAGUGGCGGAGGCACUUUAAGGUGAAAAAGGCCUACUUCUGGGCGGAGCACACGUGUCUGGCCUGUGACUACCUGAGGAGGCACAAGGAGUACAAGGCCUUUAAUAACCUUGACAAAUGGUACUGGGGUGGCUGAUGUCCUGUAGGGGCUGGAAGACACAUGCUUAGUUGUUGAGGGCAGUGCUUUAAAUGUUUGUUUCUAUGUUAUUUGAGACGUCAACACUGACAUUUGAUAUAGUGAAACUGUAUGAUUUGUUUGACCGCUGGUACAGUGGCCAAAAUGAGACACUCCUUAUUUUGUCUUGCUUUGCAAGCCUGUAUUGGUCAGCCUUAGUUUGCCUUUUUCAUUGUUGUUCAACCAUAGUUUGUAUUUGUUUUAUAUUCAUUAUAAGCACAUUGAGUUUAUAAUACAUCAAAUACAAUAUUUUUGUUAACAAGUCCACGUUUUUGCUGCUAUUUGUUUGCUUUUUGUUUUCAGUGCUUGAUUGGAUAUGGAACAAUUUCAUUGUCAUCAAUGACGUAAUGUCAAUGUUGGACACCGAGUUGUUACGUUGUGUUUUCACACGAAAGUGAA